AUGGGAAAGGUUGAUUACAGGAUUACAGCAAAAUGGGCACAGCUGGGUGUGGGCAAACCUGGAGAGCACGAGGCACCCGACCAAUCGCGGAAGGGCAGAAUGACAUCCGACCGGGACCUCAGCCGGGACCGCACAUCCCAUGCUCGGCCAAUCCGCAACAGCCCAGCGCAAAGAGAGUUUUGCGAUACAUCAGCUAUCAAGGACGAUCCCGCGGUGGUAAUGCGCUGCUCGUCCGCCACAUUCCUCAAAAGGCGGUUGAGAAAAAAGAAGAGUCGACGUUGGUUCACUGCCAAGACGAAGGCCUUAUUAUUCAUCACCACUCGCGUUGCGGCUCAAUCGCCGACAGCCAUCGGGAUGCGUGUCAUUGUCGCUGCCCAGGGGACCCGAACUGCAGUCCAUUCCGUCUCCUCCGGAGUUUGCACAGCAUAUUGAUCAAUGAGCGUCCUCGCAUCAGCCAGGCUAUCAACUCCUAAAGUCUUACAAGCUCACUAUUGUCUUGGGAGCCAGGUGAUCCUGCAAGUUUGCAAAUAUGAAAGACCCGAACAUGGAUCGCGUGGAGAUUCCCAAAAAAGGAAGCCUCAAAAACAAAAGUCCUCACGGGAAAAAGCAAAAUGUUGGCCUUGAGCGGGUAGUCUAAGAUCCCAGCCAAACAACCAGACUCUCAAAUCCUUACUUCCGAUGAUAAACUUGAACAUCCUCUUCCCGAUGCGGUGUCGUGACUUGUGCUCGCCUCAUAACUAAUGAUGAUAUAAUCCCAACGGCGUCUCUGGAUAGGUCCCCGUUCCCCUCAAAUAGCAACCUGCAGGCUCCUCAGCAUGGGCCCUUGGUGUUUCAGCUUUUCCUAUGGAGGCUAGCUUGGCCCGUCGGACUCGCGGGGAAGAGAGAGGAGCAAACGCUCGGUGCGGUAUCGCUUACAGAACUCGACACAUUUUAUUGUUAGUACUCCGUAGUCCGAAAGCAUAAUCAAUACUUAGGGUUUAAUCUGCAAGCCGGAGCGCCGCUCCUGGAAUCAAAAUUAUCGUGAUUCUCGGAGACAAAGCGCCCGAUGGAUAGAAAAGUGGAAUACGGAGUUCGCCUUAUCAUUAUUUCUCGCAUCAAACCAU